GAAGAGACGGAGGGAGGUGGAGUCAGGCAGGGAGCCGAGGGAGCCGAGCGAGCGAGGGAGGGAGCGAGCGGGCAGGCAGGGAGGGAGGGGAGAGGCAGGCAGGCCUUUUAGGUUUUUGCCCCGAGUAACUAGUUCUUUUCCAGUGGAUUCAUUUCCUUUCAGAAGCUAGCGGCGGAGUCGAGAGAGAGAGGGUCGAGCAGCAGCGAGCAGAGCAGCGGUACCAGUCGUGGAUUGGAGUUUUUGCACAGAGAUUUUGCUGUGCGAGAGGAGAGGCGGGGAGCUGUGUUCUUUGGUGUGCGUGGUGUGAGUUGUAGUGAGGAGUAAGGCGAUUUAUGGCAGGGAGGAUAAGAAAAGAAUGCCGGGAGAAGGAACAGGGCGGAAUCUGAUGAGGAGGUGAAAGGAGACACCACCGAGGGGAAAGCUUGAGCCUGAGGAGGCGGAUUGCUUGACAGCGGCAAAGCCAUGUCGUCGACCAACUAUUUCGACCUUUUGGGCGACGAUGAAAAUGAAGAACCCACGGCUGUCAUUGCUAGAGCCACUCAGCCUCCCCCUGCGGAGAAGCCCGCUACCAAGAAAUCGCAGCAGACUCCUGCUGCAGCGCAGGCCACAGCCCGGCUUCCUUCGAAGCCGACUCCACCAGCUGAAGCGGUGAAGGAGCAGAGAGCCCUCAACGAAAGUGGGCGUGGACGUGGAGGAGGCCGUGGAACUGGCCGGGGUCGCGGUGGGUAUGGCGGUGAUCGCGAUGGAGGGUUUCAGCGCGAGAACCGCGAUGGCUUCUCCCGGGAUCGCGGAAACUACAAUGACCGCGGCAACAACCGAGAGAACAGCGAUGGCCAUCAGGGAGGUAAUCGCGUCGGUUAUGUUGCUGGAGGAGGAGGCGGAGGCUUCGGUGGUGCAAAUGAGAGGGCACCUCGUGGAGAGGACGGCGAAAACUGGUCUUCUGAAGGUAGCCGGGGCAGAGGCGGCGGCGGCCGUGGCCGUGGAGGUCGUGACCGUGGCUAUGGAGGAGACGAUGAGGGUCGUCGAGGACGCCGCGAGCAUGAUCGUCACAGCGGAUCUGGCCGUGGCAAUGAGAUGAAGCGAGAUGGUUCUGGUCGAGCAAACUGGGGAGCUGAUGGUGAUCAGGGUGUCAUGCAAGAACCUGUGGAGGUUGCUGCGAAAGAGGAGGAGAAGGUUGUCACUCCCGGCGAAGAUAAGAAGGCCGAAGGCGAGAACCAUGUUGACGCCGUAGUCACUGAGGAUGGCGAGAAGAAAGAAGAGGAGGAGGAAGACAAUGAGAUGACUUUGGAUGAGUAUGAGAAGAUUCUUGAGGAGAAGCGCAAAGCCCUUGCCGCAAGCAAAGCGGAAGAAAGGAAAGUAGAAGCUGACAAGGCUUUUGAGACCAUGCAAAUGGUCGACAAGAAGUCAACUGAAGAAGAUGUAUUUAUUAAAUUGGGCGCCGACAAGGAGAAGAAGAAGAAGGAAAAGGAAGCCCUAGAGAAGGAAGAUAAAUCGAAAAAGCCUGUGAGCAUCAACGAUUUCCUCAAGCCCGCCGAGGGAGAAAAGUUUAGCUAUGGAAAUAGCGGAGCUCGCGGUCGCGGACGUGGUCGUGGGCGCGCUGCGGAUGGAGAACGCGGUGCCUUCAGAGGUGGUGCCGCGGGUGGGGCAUUCAACAGUGCCCGACGAGUCUCGGCCCCUCGUAUUGAGGACCCCGGCCAGUUUCCCACUCUAGGUGGCAAGUAAUUGUAAGAGCCAGCUGAUUGUGACUGCCGUGCUCCCGGUGGCUGUCUGCUCUGAGGUCGUUGUGUAGGUUGUUCUAGUGGACGUGGUAGAAGAAUUAGUCUUCUCGGCCAUGACUUAGAAAGUUGAGAACAGAAUGUAACAAAGGAGUUACUGUAGCAAUGACCGUAUAGUGGGACUGCUUGGUGUCUAAUCAGAAUCACUCCGGUGCUUCUGUUCCCAAGUUUAUUUUGUUCCCUUUUUUGAUCUUCCCAACAUGUUUUCAUUUCUCUGGUUUGGUUAUAACCAUGUGGUAAACUCAAGGUAGUGCCAUCGAAGGCUCGUACUGAGUAUUGGAGCAGUUUACUGGGAACUUGGCAAAAUGCACGCAAGUUGUCUAGAAGUGGAGCCAUUAGUGGUCCUCCAUUGAGUUUUGGAAUGUGAUAGCGACCACAGAAAUCUGCAGUGUAGAUGUCUAGUGAGGAGGGCGCCCAAUGGAUCAAACGGGCUCCUGUGCGCGACGUUGUAACGCGAAGGCUGAUUUGCCAGUCACAAAAAGCUUUUUUAACAUACUAUGGGCAAGA